AUGUCCCCCGAAUCGGUUUUGCACGGUGAGAGAAGGAGAGGUUUGGAUUUAUGGUCUUUGGGAUGUGUGGUUUUGGAAAUGUACACUGGGAAGAAACCUUGGUGGGAUAAAAACUAUGACUUAGAAGAUCUCAAGAAGGGUUACAUGCCAUUGAUUCCUAAAGACCUUCCUUGUGAUGCAAAACUCUUUGUGAUGACUUCCUUCGCGGCCGAGACUGACAAGAGGAAAAAUGCUUUUACACUGCUGAGGCAUUGCUACUUGUGUGGAGAUGUCAAUAAGAUCAUAGAGCCUCUAGUGCAGAGUAAUAAUAAUACUAAUGAUAUAGCACUAGAAUUGGAGAAAAUUGAGCUCAGGCUUUCACAACUUAGGUAA